AUAAUCUCGAGAGAGGGCGCUCUUGUGGGCCACCAGCUUUAAUUUUGGUCUCCAGUGCUGAUCUUUCUUGACGUCUUCGUCAGAUUUUGUAGUCUAGUUUCAUACUAAAUAAAUGAUAAAUAAAACAUCAAUUGAAGGUAGCUAUUGAAACCCAGAGUGAUUUAUUACAAGAGAUUGCUGCAAUUGCAGCUCCUCGCCAAGUAUGGAUGAAACGGACCUGUACUCACUGAACGCAGUCAGUGACUACAUCACAGAAAACCUAGAUGCAAAGUACAUCUCGGACCAGCUCAUCGAGAAGGAGGUCUUGGAUGUCGACCACGACGAAGAAAUUCAAGCAGAGAAAACAGCAAAGCGGAGGACAGAAAGACUCCUUGAGAUUCUACCCAACACUCGACAGGAUGCCUUAAAACUUUUCAAGGAGGCCUUGGAGAAAGACUACCCGCACAUCGUGAAGAAACUUGAUGAGGUCCAGGUUCCUGUUCAGAGAACAGGAACCAAACCCGGUAAGGGGGGAUUGUGUACAGCAGCUGCAGCAACAUCAGCUACAGCAACAUCAGCUACUAAAGUAGCAUCCAGCACAGACAGAGGCGUCACCACAACCACUGCAACUCAGAAUAAGAUCACGUCCCGAACCACCAAUAUCAAAGGAAACAACAACAUGGUCAUCAUCGGAGGAUGCAACACAACAAUCAACCACUAUCGUUAGGCAUCAAGCCUGAUACCAGGGUUUUUUUUUUUUUUUUUUUUAAAGGAACUCACUUGUGUCUGAUUUUUUAAAGAGUUUUCUCAUUCUGGUAGCGCUUCGCUAGUAUUUCUUGGGGGGGGGGGGGCAAGCACAUUGUUUCGCCAAAUCCUUGUACUUUCUCUAGAAUAUUUUCAAUUUAUCAAUUUUUUGAGUGUCGGUGGGGGGGAGGCCCAUGUUGUUGAAUGUGCAUUAAAUUAACAGCAAUAUGACUUCGCCCCUCGUUAUUAUACCAGGGGGUGGGGGAGGGGGUGUUAAAUGCUCCCCUUGCACCCCCCCCCUCCCCACCCAAAUCCAGAAUUGUGCAGUAGGCUUGUAACUUGCAUGUAAAGUGGGAUGUAAUGCCACUUGUACUCAUGCUUUUAUAAAUAUUUUAGUCUUGCUCACAAGAGCACAAUAAGACUUUGGCCAUAAUAUAACUUGCUGAAAUCAUUAUUUGUUAUUAAAAAAAUAACACAGGGGUAAACAUUCGUACUGGACUGAGUAUUAACAACACAAAGUUACCCCAAUGUAAAUGUUCAUGUAGUUGUAAUUUCUUUCUUGUUACCAUUGAGGGCAGUGUUUUUAUAGUUGAGACCUUUCUCAUUUUUAUCAGUUAGUUAAAUUUUCGUUGAAACAUUUUCAGUACGAACUCCCUGUGUGAAGACUUACACGCACGUGUGCCGUAUGCACGUGUGCUGUAUGUCUUCACACGGGGAGUUCGUACUAAAAAUGUUUUAGAAUUUUUUUCCCUAUGGCAGCAGAUGUUCAUACCCUGGACUAGGAAAGGUCUGAACUAUAACACUGAGGGCGUAGUUGUGAGGGACAUACUGCAUAUGUGUUUGUAGAAGGUAUUGCCAAGUGCAAUGGAAGUCACGUUUGUGAGUGUAAAGUGUAAAUAAUGGACGCGGUUGCUGAGAAGGGAAUGAAAGGUGUUGAUGAAAAGUUAUUUAAGGAAUUGUUUCGGGGGGUUUUGGUGGGGGUAUUGGGUACAUGUGCCACCUAAGAAUGAUCUGUCGUGGACUAAUCAUUGAAGAAAAAUCAUAAAUAAUAUUGCUUUUAACAAAAUGUGUGAUAAUGAUAUAAAGUUAGUUUUUAUUUUUAGUACUACAAUGCUUGUAUUUUUCUGUUGGCAAGAUUCAAAAUUUUUUGUUAAGAAUUAAAAGUUCUUUGUUGAUUUGCCAAAUUAUGCGGCCUUUCCGGACAUUAUAGAAAAGGCUUUUUAAUACACGAUAGUCAUGAACUGUUUUAAUAUUAAGUACUAAAAAAUCCAAACAAAUUGAGACGACAGCUGUUUUUGAUCAUGUUUUUAAUUAUACAAUCGCCAUGUAUCAGUACAUUUUUGAUUUUAAAAUAAAGUAACAUCAGCUUUUCAAAUGUU